AUGCUGUCCUACGAUUCCCCAGUUGCUGCCAAAGGGCAAGACGCUCCAUCGCCAGCUUCUUUACCAACCACCAUUGUCGGUUCUGCUAAGCAAUCAAGCGCCGCUCAGAUGGGUUCCGAUGCUCCUGCUACGGUUCAGGACCAGCCGUCCCAGUAUCAUCAUAUCUGGCUCGUCACAGGACCUGCUGGAUGUGGCAAGACGACGAUUGCUGAGCACAUUGCAGACGCCAAUAGCAUGCCGUAUAUUGAAGGCGAUUCCUAUCACACGGCUACCAAUGUGGAAAAGAUGAGAACUGGUGUGCCAUUGACAGAUGCGGACAGAUGGGACUGGCUCACGCAGCUUCGCGACGAGUCUAUGCGCCGGCUCAGCGAGGGAGCGCACGGUGUCGUUGUGACUUGCUCAGCUCUGAAGCGCAAGUACAGAGACGUCAUUCGGGUCGCGGCGUACUACGAUAGCAGCAUCCUGAUUCACUUCAUCUACCUGGAUGCGCCAGCAGAAGUGCUUCUGCAACGAGUCUCUGCGCGCCAAGGUCACUACAUGGGAGCCGACAUGGUGCAGAGCCAGUUUGACAUUUUGGAGCGUCCGUCCGCCGACGAGAAGGAUGUCUUCAGCAUCGACGUCAGCCGAUCCAUUGAAGAAGUCAAGCGAGACGCGCUCGCUCAGGUCCACGAGGUGAUGGAUGCAGAGAGCGCCUGA